AUGUUACCUGAAGAGGGGGUUUUCCUCUUUGACGUGAGAGAAAUGAUAUCCUGGCCCAAGCUCCUUCAUCUGCCUAAGCAGAUCUUGCUCCGCCUCACCCCCACUCUAUACACUCAAUUCUUAUUUGAUGGCAACUUGGACUUUUUCUUAAAAAUAUGCGCGAGAGAAAAAAAAAUGCACAACGUCCCGGAAAGCUCCACAGUCAAGAUCAUCGCUUCACUUUUUUAUUAUUAUUUUCCUUUUUGGGAGGGACUUGCCCAAUUGCUCCGACGUCAUGAUUUGAGAGAGACCUUUGCUAAUUCCCACAGAUUCCUCCGGGAAACCAUUGAGGAGUACGUGCUGACCCCCACUUUGUUGCCCAACCUUCUUCUUGCAACAAGGACCGCCUUGUUCCCAGCCAAUACCCGUCCAAUACCUCAGAUAGCGACCGGGCAUAUUGAAGCUCCGGCCUCGGCUCUGCAGUCUGUGCAGACCCCGACGCCCAGUCAGAAAGCCCUCGCGCCCACGGCCUCACCUAAUACUCCUAUUGCGGAAGGAGGCAGGGGCCCUGAUACCGAUGUCAUUAGUAAAACUAAUAAUCCGGGGAACAGCAGCAACAGCGGCAAUACUGGAGGGGGUGCCUCAACAGCCACCUCAGCCCGCCCAUCGUCACUUUCUGCCGUUGCAGCCGAUCUCCCAACACCACCAGAGUUAAAUGACCCGGCCGAACCAGUAAAACCGAACAGCCCAUCUAGCACGGAGAUCGCCGCUAUCAAGCGACGAUGUGCAGCUAGUCUCCUGGCCGUGAUCCCGCGCUCUGUCGUACGAACUCUCCUUGGUGUUCCCUCGUCGGCGCCUCCGCCGCCCUACAGUCGUGACGGUACCUGCAGCUCCAACAGUUCGCCCUCUCUCGUCACAUCCCCACCCCCUUCCCCCAGGACGCACCUUAGAUCAUUUCAGGAGGGAAAGGAAAAUCUGGCGUCAUCGAAUUCGACUUUGCCUUCGGACCGCUGUCCAGUUGCGUGUGGUCACGUUACCGCUGAGCGGCUGCGCACAGACGAUGAUCCGUCUGCGGGGAUUGAUUGCCAGGAACGACAUCUCCUGGAGACAAUCGAACAUGAUUUUCUAGACCUCUUUGCAGAUGAAUACUGCAACAAACAUCUAGUAUGGAGUAUUAUCGAGACAGUGCUGGCCAAGGUGCUCCCUGAAAUGGCUGAGCGCAGUGUUGAGGAUUUACUGGAGGAUCGUGGGGUGGCGUCAGUGCCGCCUGCAUUUGUAUAG